AUGGAGAAAAAGCUUCAUUGCAUUUUGCUGUAUGCAUUCCUAAUUACCAUAACCUUCCCAAUGCUUUCUUCUGAAGCCAAAGCCAAACAACCUCUGAGCCUUGCAACUGAUCAAACUGCCCUUCUUUCACUCAAACAACACAUUACCUCCGACCCUUCUCUUUUACUUGCAACUAAUUGGACCAACUCGACCUCCGUCUGCACCUGGAUUGGCGUCACUUGCAGCUUGCGCCACCACAGAGUAUCUGCCUUGAAUCUCUCCAACAUGGCUCUCUCCGGCACCAUUCCACCGCAGCUCGGAAACCUCUCCUUCCUCGUCUCCCUCGACCUCACCAACAACCUUUUCUAUGGAGAUUUGCCACAGGAACUGUCUCUCCUUCGCCGUUCGAAGUUCAUAUCUUUCCGACUCAACAACUUCACCGGAGACAUCCCUCCGAUGUUGGGUCAGUUACCAAAAUUAGAGUACUUGAAUUUACGCAGCAACAACUUCAUAGGUUCCAUCCCAAAAUCGCUCUCAAACCUCACAAACCUACAAUUUCUUUCCUUAUCUAACAAUUCUCUAAGUGGUGAAAUUCCAAAAGAGUUGGGAAGACUUCAAAGUCUACAAACUCUGUAUGUUCAAUUCAAUCAUUUGUCGGGUGCUAUACCAUCAGCCAUAAUCAACAUCUCGACCCUUGUAGCUAUAGCAUUGAGUAACAAUGAAUUGAGUGGAAGUCUUCCAACAGACAUGUGCAGUAAUCUUCCAUAUCUUGCUGGGAUUUAUGUUUCUUCCAAUCAGCUGAGUGGCGCGAUUCCCUCAAAUUUAUCCCAAUGUUCACGGCUUGAGGUGUUGAGCCUCUCUUAUAACUCUUUUAGUACUGGGGAGAUACCUUCAGAAAUCGGCUACUUAACAUCUCUUCAGUAUUUAGCUCUUGGUGGUAACAAUUUGAAUGGAAUACUACCACAUGAGAUUGGCCAUCUUCAGAGUCUGGUUACUUUUGCUGCUGAAGAUAAUGAGAUUGCGGGCUCAAUUGAUUUCAAUAUUUUCAUGAAUAUGUCUUCUCUGCAAAACAUAUAUCUAAGGCGCAACAAAUUCACGGGGAACCUUUCAAGGGAUGUCGGGAAUAUUACAAUGCUCACAUUUUUAGACCUCUCGGAAAACCAUUUUACAGGGCUUAUUCCCACUGAAAUUAGCUACCAUUUGGAAACAUUAGUAUUAGACUUGAACCCCUUGAGUGGUUCGAUUCCACAUGAGCUCUUUAACAUUUCAACCCUUCGGUUUCUUUCACUUGUCGGCAAUGCUCUGUCAGGGGUUCUUCCAACCCAUUUAUGCCAUUCCUCUCCCUUUCUUGAAGGAUUGUAUCUUGGCAAUAAUUCCAUCAGUGGAGCAAUACCCAACUCCAUCUCUAACUGUUCUCAACUCACAAUUCUCUCACUUGCUAAAAACAAAUUCAGUGGUUAUAUACCUACUCAUCUCGGCAACCUAAGACUUCUUCAAAGUCUUCAACUGUCCAGCAACAAUCUUACCCAGGCACCAUCUUCUUCCUUCAUUACUUCAUUGACAAAUUGCAGGUCUCUAACUCGUUUGUCAAUUGGUGAUAAUCCUCUAUACGGCAUCAUUCCUGCUUCUGUCGGGAACUUAUCGUCCUCACUUCGAACAUUCACUGCCGAGAACUGCAAAUUCAGUGGUAGCAUUCCUGUUGAAAUAGGCAAUCUAAGCAAUUUGAUGAAAUUGGUGUUGUCAGCAAAUGAGUUAUCUGGUCCAAUACCAUCCACCAUCGGAAAUUUACCAAAUUUAUAUUCAUUACAACUCUCUUCCAAUAAAUUAAAUGGUGAGCUUCCAUUCUCCAUCUGCAACUCGACAUCCCUUGGUAUUCUUCUACUCUCAAAUAACAGUUUGGAAGGGUCAAUUCCGCAAUGCUUUCGAAACUUGAGCAAAUCUUUGGUCAUAUUUCAUUUAAAUGCAAAUCACUUUAGUGGCCCCAUUCCAUCAAUAUUUAUGAGAGGGUGUAUUCUUGAGUCCAUCAAUUUGAGUGGUAAUAAAUUGCAAGGAAAUUUGCCUAAAUCCUUAAUCAAUUGCAAAAGUCUUAAGGGCCUGGAUGUUGGAAAUAAUAGAAUACAAGACAAAUUUCCGUUUUGGAUGGAAGCUCUUCUUGAGCUUCGAGUGCUCGUCUUGAAGUCUAACAAGUUUGAUGGUAACAUGUCGCUGCCUUCACGAAGCAACCUUCCAUUUCCUAAGUUGCAAGUUUUAGAUAUAUCAGAGAACGAAUUUGUGGGGUCUCUACCUCAAAAAUAUUUCAAGAAUUUCAGAGCAAUGAUGGAUGUGAAAGAAAAUCAAACAAAUCUAACACCAAGUGAUGAUGAUGAUGAUGAUCACACCUUUCGAUAUUAUUUGGAGAUGAGAAAAACAAAUCUAACACCAAGUGAUGAUGAUGAUGGCACCUUUCAAAAUUAUUUGGAGAUGAGAAUCACCUUGAAAGGUAUGAAUCAAGUAUUGAAGAAGAGACUGUUGAAAACCUUUACAACCAUUGACUUUUCCUCCAAUAAAUUCUCUGGGAGUAUUCCAGAUUCCAUGGGUAAUCUGAAUUCUCUGAGAUACUUGAAUUUGUCCCACAAUAAUCUCAUGGGACACAUACCUGCAUCUCUUGGAAAUAUAAGUGUGCUUGAAUCAUUGGACGUAUCAUGGAACAAAUUGGACGGAGGAAUUCCAAGUGAAUUGACGAGGUUGACAUUUCUUGCGAAAUUAAACCUUUCAAUGAAUGAUCUCGUGGGGCAAAUACCACAAUCUACUCAGUUUUCCACAUUUGAGAAUGAUUCAUAUGUCGGAAACUUGAGAUUGUGUGGAUUUCCGUUGACGAGAAAAUGCAACGAGGAGAAUGGGCAGCGGAUGCAGCCAGAAGAACAAGAUGAUGAAGAAGAUGAGUAUGGAUUUAUCGAUGGAUUUGGGUGGAGAAGUGUGGUGAUGGGAUAUGGAAGUGGAAUCAUAGUUGGAAUUGGAAUUGGUUGUUGGAUUAUUCGAUUUGGAAGGCCAAGAUGGUUGGUGGAAUUCUUUUUUGGUGUUGGAUAUACAUACAAGAAGAACAAGAAGAAGAAGAAGAAGACAAGGAAGAGAGCUACUCCAACACACAGGAGAAGUUGAUUCAAGACAAAUAUAUAUUAUGAGCUUUUCUUUCUUGCUUUUUUGUUCUUUUCCAGACUUCAUAUUGUUGUUUUAUGAUUGCUACUUGUGAGUUUGUGCUUUUGAGUUUAUACAAUGUUG